AUGGAGACGUUGGUAUUCAAGGUGGAGGUGGCGAGCGAAUGUGGUGGCUUUGGUUGCGGCGGUGGUGGUGGCGGCGGUGGUAGUGGCGGCGGUGGUGGUGGCGGCGGUGGUGGCUGUGGCGGUGGUGGCGGCGGUGGUGGUGGCGGUGGUUGUGGCUUCGGCGGUGGUGGCGGCGGCGGUGGUGGCAGCGGCGGUGGCGGUGGUGGCGGCGGCGGUGGUGGCGGCGGCGGCAGUGGUAGCGGCGGCGGCGGUGGUGGUGGCGGCGGCGGCGGUGGUGCUCUGCCAAUCAAGCGUUUACAAACCAAAAAGUGA